AACAAAAACUUUUCUCUGGAUUUUAAAAACAAAAAACAAAAAAACAAACAGCUGCUAUGGAAGUUUUUCUCGUUGCUUUGCUCUGUGUCUGCAGCUUCGUUGCGGCAGAGGAAGACCAAAGAUUGCCGAACAAAUGCGAAGUGUGCAAGUUUCUGACAGUCGAGCUGCAGGAAGCUUUGGAAAAAACGGGCCGCUCCAAAGAGGUGCUGGAGGUUGGAGAGGUGCUGGACACGGGCAGGAGGAGGAGGAAGAUCAAGUACAACACCUCGAUCCAGAACAAUCACAGCUUUGACCUUUGGGCCGGUCAGAGGCCAGAACUGAAGCCUUAUUUGUCCAAAUCCAGGGAGACGCGUCUGACCGAGGCGGUGGACAACAUCUGCGAGCGCGUCCUGCAGUACAACGUCCACGCCGAGCGGCCCGGCAGCCUCCGAUACGCCAAAGGUUCCAGCCAGACCAUGACCACGCUGAAGAAUCUGGUCCACAAAGGGGUCAAAGUGGACCUGGGCAUGCCCUUUGAGCUGUGGGACGAGCCCUCGGUGGAGGUGUCGCUCAUGAAGAAGCAGUGCGAGACGAUGCUGGAGCGGUACGAGGACGUGGUGGAGGACUGGUACUUCCGUCACCAGGACCAGAGGCUGGAGGACUUCCUGUGCGAGAAGCACGUCCUGGAGACGUCGGAGCGAGAAUGUCUGAGGGAGGUGUGGGACGGAGACAAAGGGGGGGCCGAGGAGGCGCCAGGCUCGGCGGGGGGGGGGCGGAAGGAGGAGGAGCAGGCGGCGCAGGAUGGAGGAGAACUCUGGGGAGGCACCCCCCCCCAAAAAAAAAAAACAGUUUCUGACGAAGUGAACAGAACAAUGGCUCUUGUUUUGGCUUCUAAGAUGUUUCCUCUUUACCUCCUGUCCCAUUUGGUGACGGCUCGGAGCUACCCGCACCCGACCGAACCGCCCCCCCCGCCCGACUCCGGCCUGGAGCCGGGCCCUCGGACCCGGGACCCCGACGGGGGGUCCGAAGGCGACCGGGGGGAGGUCUUCGCGGUGAGGUGCCACCGGGACGGCGUCGAGGUGAAGAUCCAAGCUCACAUGAUGGAGGACGGCCCCCCCGGGGGGCCCGGGCGGUGGAGGCUGGGGCCCCCCGGGGGGGCGCCGGACGCCUGCGUUGCCCGGGCGACCCCCACCGGGGAGUACGCCAUCAGGGCCCGGCUGGAUGAGUGUGGGAGCAGAGUGAUGGUCGGUGAGAGCCUCCGGUCCACUUUCACGGAGGAUGCCCUGCUGUACCACAACCUGCUGCUUUUCUUCCCCCCGUCCCCAGACGGAGACGGCGGGCUCCAGAUGGGGGCCGCGGUCCCCCUGCUGUGCGAAUACGACAGGAGGUACAGGGUGAGCAGCGGCCCCCUCCGGCCCACCUGGACGCCCCUCGUCUCCGUCCAGUCGGCCCAGCUGCCCCUCGGUUUCCGCAUCAGGCUCAUGACAGACGACUGGAGCAAAGAGAGACGGUCGGCUGUUUACCUCAUGGGUGAGACGGUCCACAUGGAGGCCUCAGUGGACCCUGACCACCGCCCGCCCCUCCGUCUGUACGCGGGCGGCUGCGUGGCCACCCUGAGCCCUGAUGUGGACUCCCACCCGAGAUAUCCCUUCAUAGACCACCAGGGGUGUUUCACCGACUCCCGGCUGAGCGGCUCCGGCUCGCGUUUCCUGCCCCGCGUCCGGGACCACCUGCUCCAGAUCCAGCUGGAGCCCUUCCUCUUCCACCAGGACCACAGGCGCACCGUCGGUGGCUUCCCUCCCGCCCCGUUCCUGAGUAUCUACGUCACCUGUCACCUGGAGGCCGCGCCCGCCUCCCAGACGGAUCACCAGAAGAAGGCCUGCUCCUUUAUUAACGGGAGCUGGAGGUCGGCCGACGGUGACCAUGACGUCUGCCAGAGCUGUGGCGACUCGAACCCUGAGACGGGUCAGAGGAGGAAGCGGGAGCCCACCAGAAAGGAGCUGCACUGGCAAAGCACUUUGGGCCCCAUCCUGCUUCUUCCAGAUCCAGCUGCCGACCGUGAGAAUCCCGGAAUGUGAAUUUAAUAAAGGCACAAAAAGAAGGGCAGACGAAGGCCUCUGUCACGUGGAUUUCAGCCUCUUUUGCUUCACUUGCAGAUGCUUUUGAAACCUGAUGCUCUGGGGGGGGGGUGUAACCUGCUCAGAUACGGUAUAUUUACAUGAGCAGAUCCUUAUCUAACAGUUAAUGGACAAAUGAUUUCCAGAUGGAAUGAUGUAACUAUACAAACGCAGACAGAUUGGUAGAAAUCAAUCUUCUCUCCACUCCGGGCUUUAACGCAGCUGCCGGGGACGCUUUCUUGUUUAAAACCCUUUCCCGCCGGGCACCAAACAUUAAUUACCCCAAAUUGGAUCUGUGCAGCCUGAUGGCUGCGCCGUGGCUGUUAGGACGCUGUCAGCGCCCAGCCGCUCGACUCAGGUGGUGAAAGAGAGCCCAUUAUCCGGCGCGGAGCUCUGUAAAAAGGGCUGAGAGCGCGUGAAGAGAUGAGAGGUGUUUAUUCUUUUAACAGCGAGGCUCACUCAUCUGAAACGGGCCCCAGACGGCUUCCUGUAAUGAUCAUCUUUACAGACACCGUCCCACAAGCGGCUGCAAUAGUCAUGGCUUACAUUUCUAAUGUGCCGUAAAGGAGAAUUUGAGGCAUUAAUCUAUUCGUCUGUGUUGAGGAGAAAAGCCUUUGUAACCUCGACGUGAGAAAUGAGUUGCCGCCUGUUUAGAGAGAUUUGAAAAGGAAAGAAAAGAGCAAGAAAUGCGCCAAUAAAUGCUGAUGCUUCAGCACUAAGUUUAGCCAGAAUCGGCCAUUUAUCCGGCAGAAGCUUUAUUAGAUAAAGGAUAAACAAGAUGUGACGGGAAACGAGGGGCGAGCCAGAGGGGGGGCCGGCAUGCGCAGGCCUUGGC